AUGGUUUACAUGAGGCUGGUCUCUGUCACACUUCAUCGGCGAGGGUCUAGACUGGAGGCAGCAAACCCAACGAACAGGCACCAACGGCAGUGCGGACGGCGAGUCGAGGUGACCGGGCUGCCCGCCGCCGCUCCCUUGGUCUGUCCCUCGUUGACCCCAAUCCUCAGUCAAUUGUCAACUUGCCAGUACGGCCUUCGAGGAAUGAAAUUCCAGGCUGUUGCCAAGCGACAGCAUACUCCACUCGACGUCACUGCUCUCAAUCCUUAG